AAAAUUUUGGCUUUAACCUCUUCAACACAACAUAUCCGUAACUAAUAUCUUUUGAUAAAUUCUAAUGUCGUUGUUAAUGUUCUGAAUAAUUAACACUAUUUCAAUUGGUCAAGAGCACAAAAAAUAGUUGGAACUACUGAAAAAAAUUAGAUACUAUUUGUGAUACUGUACUUAAUUCUGCAUUCAAUCAUACUUCACAUUUUAAACCAUGUCCAUGUCAAAAUGCCAGCAAUUAUCUUCUGCUUUAUUUAAGCAACAAGGAAGUUUUAGAAUGAUGUCAUCAUGGUGGUCUAAUGUACAACAAGGACCUCCUGAUGCUAUCUUAGGAGUUACUGAAGCCUUUAAGCGCGAUAAAAAUCCACAAAAAAUCAACUUGGGUGUAGGUGCAUAUAGAGAUGACAAUGGAAACCCUUAUGUUUUACCUAGUGUAAUUCAAGCUGAACAUAAUAUUAUGAAAAAAAACUUAAACAAAGAGUAUGCACCAAUUAAUGGUAUUGCUGAAUUUUGUACAGAGUCUAUUAAAUUGGCAUUAUCUGAUAAUUCUCCCAUUGUAAAAAACAAAUGUUAUGCAUCUGUUCAAUCAAUAUCUGGAACUGGAGCUUUACGAGUGGGAGGUGAAUUUUUGCAAAGAUAUGCUCCUCUUAAAACUAUUUGGGUUCCUAUCCCAACUUGGGGUAAUCAUGGGCAAAUAUUUAAGUUUUCUGGUUUAGAAGUAAAAACAUACAGAUAUUAUGAUCCAAAAACAUGUGGUCUUGAUUUUUCUGGAAUGAUUGAAGACUUAUCAUCAGCCCCUACUGGAUCUGUUAUUUUACUUCAUGCUUGUGCCCAUAACCCAACUGGAGUCGAUCCUAAGCCUGAACAAUGGAAAGAGUUAUCUGAUUUAUUAAAAAAAAAGAAGUUAUUCCCAUUUUUUGAUAUGGCAUAUCAAGGAUUUGCUUCAGGUAAUGUUGACCAUGAUGCUCUAGCUGUGCAUACAUUUUUAUUAGAUGGUCAUCAAAUUGCUUUAGCUCAAUCAUUUGCCAAAAAUAUGGGUUUGUAUGGAGAACGUGUAGGUAUGUUUACAUUAACCUCUUUAGAUACUGAAGAAGCUGAAAGAAUUAUGUCUCAACUCAAAAUUGUAGUUCGUGGAAUGUAUUCAAAUCCACCAAUUCAUGGGGCAAGACUCGUCUCUGAGAUAUUAUCUAAUUCUCAACUUAAAAAUCAAUGGAUGGUAGAAGUAAAGGGUAUGGCAAAUAGAAUUAUAUCAGUUAGAAAUAAAUUAAAGGAAUUACUUGCAAAAGAAGGUUCUACUAGAAACUGGAAUCACAUUACUGAUCAAAUUGGUAUGUUUUGUUAUACCGGUUUAGAAAAAGAUCAUGUAAAAAAAUUAAUUGAAGAACAUAGCAUUUAUUUAACUAACGAUGGACGUAUAUCAAUGGCAGGUGUUACUAGUAAAAAUGUUGGUUAUCUAGCUAGUGCUAUGCAUAAAGUCACUAGUUAAUAAAAACCAAUAGGCUAAUAAUUACUUUGAAAAUAUAGAAGUUUAAUUACCAAACAUAUUUCACUGUUAUUUAUAUUUAGACAGACCUAAAUAUUUAAGUUUUGUUUUGCUUUGCAAAUUGUUUUUUAUUUUUAAAUUAUAAUUUUGUUGUUUUUCUUCUUUUUUAAUUAUUCCUUAUAAAUUGAACACUUCAAAUCAUGUCUAAAUAUGAUGAUUCUAAAUUAUGUUAAUUUAAUUAAUAAAAAUUAUAAAUUUUUA